AUGUUUUGGUAAUAGAGGCCUGUUACUUAUAAUAACUAAAGGACUUUUGAGAGCAACUUCUAUUUUGUAUAGCAAGAUGUCCCUCAAUUCCCUAGUAAUUUCAUAAAGACCAGCAGGUAAACAUUUAAAGAACCUAAAUAAAUAGAUAUAACUUAGUAACAUUCCUCCCAUUCUCUUUGUUACUUUAAUUUACUAGAUAUGCUAACAUUUACUUUCUAUGUAUUGCCAUUAUCCAAUGCAUACCAAUAUUAUCAACUUUAAAUCCGUUUAGUGCCAUAGCUCCAUUAGUAUUUGUCUUAGGACUUUCAAUGUGUAGAGAAGGAUGGGAAGAUUAUGGUCGACAUGUAUCAGAUAAUGAAGUGAAUUCAACAGAAUGUUUUGUUUUAAAAGAUAGAAGGGUUACAAAGUAAAUAUAACUGCUAAAUUCAUAAUAGGACUACUUGGGCAGAAAUUUAAGUAGGUGAUUAUGUGUAUGUAAGACAAGAUGAAAGUUUCCCUGCAGAUUUGAUAGUCUUAGGUAGUGAGAAGGACAGUGGAGCAUGUUAUAUAGAGACAUCUUCUUUGGAUGGUGAAAAGAAUCUGAAACCUAAAAGUGCCAUAUUGGAUAGUUAACAAAUGUAUAAAUCUUUGGAUACAUUUAAUGAUUAAAUAAUAAAGGUUGUAGCUGAAUCUCCAUCGUAAUCAUUAUAUGAAUUUGAUGCUUAAUUAUUUUUGCCAAUCAAUUCAGAAUUCAAGAAAUUCUAAUUAAAUGCAAAAUAACUUUUACUUAGAGGAGCAUAAUUAAGAAAUACAAAUUGGAUAAUUGGUAUAGUUGUGUACACAGGAUAAGAUAGUAAGAUUAUGAGGAAUGCUGAUGCUUCAAGAGUUAAGUCAAGUGAAAUUGAGACAACAAUGAAUGUGUUAAUACUAGGGAUAUUAUGUGUUUAAAUUACUCUAAGUAUAAUAUCAUGUUCAUUUUCAUCUGUUUGGUUAACAAAAUUUGGAGUAGACUCUUUUUAUUUAGAUUAUACAAAUGAUUCACUUAAUCCAUCAUUGCUUUCCUUCUAUGUAUUUUUUAGUUAUAUACUAUUAUAUAACACAAUGAUACCUAUUUCAUUAAUAGUUUCAUUAGAAUUUGUAAAAGUGUUCUAAUCAUACUUUAUGGAGAUGGAUGUGGAGAUGUAUGUUUAAUAAAGAAACAAAUUUUGUAAAGUUUAAACAACUACUAUUAAUGAAGAAUUGGGUUAGGUUGAGUAUAUAUUUUCAGAUAAGACAGGAACAUUGACUUGUAAUCAAAUGGAAUUCAAAUAUUCUGUAAUAGGUAAUUUCCUCUAUGGUAAGGAAAAUUAAUCAUAAACAACAAAGACAGAAAUUGCAUUAUAAAAUAUUUUACCUUUAUAGAAUAAAUUAUAAAUUCAUCCUAUGGAAGGAAUUUAAAGUCAUUCAUUAACAAAUUUUAAUUUUUAUGAUGAAGAAUUAAUAAAUAUAAUUGAUGGUAAGAAUAGUAAGACUACUGCUAGUGUAAAUUUAGUUUUAAAGUCAAAAGAUAAUAAAUCUUAGAUUACAAUAAAUAAUUAGAAAGAAUUAGUUGAUUAUUACUUUUUCUUAUUGAGUUCAGCUCAUGAAUGCAUAAUAUAAUAUGAUUAAGAUAAAAAUACUUCUUAUUAAGGACCAUCUCCAGAUGAAAUAACUUUAGUUGAUGCAGCAGCAAGAAUGGGUUAUAAAUUUACAGGAGCUUCAGCAAGUGAAUAGAAUUUCAUGAUAUUGAAUUAGCCAAGAAAAGUAAAAUUAUUAAAAUCAUUUGAAUUUGAUUCAAAUAGAAAAAGAAUGAGUGUAAUUAUUUAAGAUGAAAAAGGAAUAAUAAAAUUAUUAAUUAAAGGAGCAGAUAGUAUAAUAAAAAGUAGAUUAAGUAAAGAAUAAAAGUUCUUAGAUAAAACUAUAGAGUGGCUUGAAGAUUUUUCUAGAAUUGGAUUACGAUGUUUAUUAAUGGCAACUAGAAUUUUAUCAGAAGAUGAAUAUAAAAAAUUUGAUAAUGAAUAUAAUAAUUUACCUGAUGGUGAACAAAGAGCAAUUGAAUUGAACAGAAUAACAGAUGAAUUAGAGAGAGAUCUAACUUUGAUAGGUGCCACAGCUGUAGAAGAUAAAUUAUAAAGUUAAGUACCAGAAACUAUAGCUGAUUUACUUAAAGCUAAUAUUAAAGUUUGGAUGCUUACAGGUGAUAAAUUAGAAACUGCUGAAAAUAUAGCUAAAAGUUGUAAAUUAAUAUAAGGAGAUUUUACAGUUAUGAGAUUGUCUGAAUCAAAUGAACAAGAUUGUAUGGACAAAUUAAAAGAUAUUCAAGAUACAUAUGAUUUAUGUAUAAAGGAAAAUAGAAAGAAAGUAAUAUAUUUUUUAACUAAUUUUAGUCAAUUGUUAUUGAAGGAUAAUCAUUAGAUUUUAUUUUAAAUUCUGAUUAAAUGGCAUCUUCCUUUGUUUAAAUGGCUAAAGAUUGUGAAUCUAUUGUUUGUUGCAGAGUUACACCUAAAUAAAAAGCUGAUGUUGUUAGAUUAAUAAAAAAUAGAUUAAAUAAGAUAACUUUAGCUAUAGGUGAUGGUGCUAAUGAUGUUAAUAUGAUUUAAGCUGCUCAUAUUGGUGUUGGUUUAUAUGGAAAUGAAGGAAUGAGAGCAGUUUAGAGUGCUGAUUUUGCUUUAGGAGAAUUUUAAUGUUUAUGGAGAUUAUUAUUAGUUCAUGGUCAUUGGAAUUACAUUAGAAUUUCUGAGAUGAUUUUAUACUUCUUCUAUAAGAACAUGUUGUUCACAAUUCCUUAAUUUUUCUUUAGUUUUUUUUGUGCCUUUUCAGCUUAAUCUUUUUAUGAUGAUUGGUAUAUUACUUUAUAUAAUUUGAUUUUUACAGCACUUCCAUUGAUUAUUCGAGCAACAUUUGAUUAAGAUAUUAAUUAUAAACAAUAUCUAAAUUAUGAUGCAAAUCAACGUAUUAAAAAUGUUCAAUUGAAAUAAGAGAAUUACUUAAAAUAAAAAUUUCCUUAUCUUUAUUAUGUAGGAUAAAAAAAGACUAUAUUUACUAUUCCAUCUUAUAUGAUGUGGGCUUUUACUGGAAUACUUCAUGGAAUGAUAAUAUUCUUUUUCUUAUUUUGGAUAAUGGAUUAUGAAGCUUUAAAUAUUGAUGGUUAUACUGGAGGUUUAGCACCUUAUUCAUUAACUGUUUAUACAGCCAUAAUAUUAGUAGCUGAUCUUUAAAUUAUCAUAUAAACUAAAUAUUGGACACUAUUUAAUGUAGUAGCAGUUUCAUUUCUCAGCUUGUUCCUAUAUGGAGGAUAUGUUAUCAUAUCUCAUUAUUGGCCUGGAGAAUUGAUGAUGUACACACCUCUUACUAUAUUAAAAAUGCCAUCAUUUUGGCUAUGUCAAUUUUUAAUAUUAGUAAUUGUUGGUGCUCUAGAAGCAUUUAGAGCUGAAUUUAAUAGGUAAUACUUUUUAGAAACUGCUGAUGAAAUCUUAGUAAAAACUAAAUAAUUUACAUGGACACUCAAUGAAUGGUUGAGCAAAUAAAAAAAAGUAGCUAGAUAAGAUAGUUUCUGGGCUGAAAUUUAUAAAGAAGAUGAAUAAGAAUAAGUUAUUUAAUUUGAAGAAACAAUCAAAGAUGCCAAUCAAAUACCAAAUCAAUGA